AUGACUUCUCGGAUGACGAGCUACCUGCGCGAUGCACUGAGGCCAAUCGGGUCUCUCUCGGCGCGGCAGUUUGCGACAGCAAGUGGGAAGCCGCUACACGGUCAGCGGAAGCCUCCGAUGCGAAUGACCACCGAGGAAGCUUUUGUGAAGACCCUGCAGAUGCAUGGGAUCAAGAAUGCCUUCGGCAUCAUCGGCUCGGCGAUGAUGCCCAUCUCGGACCUUUUCCCAGCCGCAGGGAUCAAGUUCUGGGAUUGCGCCCAUGAGUGCAAUGCAGGCAUGAUGGCAGACGGAUACACGAGAACGACAGGCAAAAUGUCGAUGAUGAUCGCGCAGAAUGGCCCGGGCAUCACCAACUUCGUGACGCCUGUGAAGACGGCCUACUGGAACCACACUCCACUUUUGCUGGUGACCCCACAGGCCGCCAAUAAGACCAUUGGCCAAGGCGGGUUCCAGGAAGUGGAGCAGAUGGCUAUGUUCAAGGACACCGUCUGCUACCAGGAGGAGGUCCGCGAUCCGACGCGCAUCUGUGAAGUCCUAAACCGGGUCAUCGAGAAGGCCUACCACUGCUCUGCCCCGGCGCAGAUCAACAUCCCUCGAGAUUUCUGGACACAGGUGGUGGACAUGUCCCUCCCCACGGGGGUGAAGCUGGAGCGAUCUGCAGGCGGUGCGCACUCCACCAAGGCGGCUGCUGAGAUGCUGGCAGAGGCCAAAUUCCCGGUGAUCCUGAAUGGCGCCGGAACGAUCCUGUCGGGAGCUGUGGAGACUUCCGUGAAACUCGCGGAGCGCCUCUCUGCACCGGUCUGCUGCAACUACCAGCACAAUGACGCCUUCCCAGGCGACCAUCCUCUGCACGUGGGACCUUUGGGCUACAACGGAUCGAAGGCAGCCAUGGAAGUGAUGUCCAAGGCAGACGUGGUCCUGGCAUUGGGCACAAGGGCAUUCGAGUCGGCAGAAGAGUGGCCCACAGAAAUCCAUGAUCAGAUUCUUGAUGACCUCCAGGAGCACGUCAUGAACAGCCCAGGGGAACGCCCUCCCAACUUCGAGUUGCUUACGCCUGGGUGUACCAAGCAGGUUCUCGGCCUCUAUGAGGACAUCUGCAGAAGGUGCCGAAAGAGACAUGAGGAGGCCGGAACUCGGCAAGGCGAACGCCAGUUGCGUUCCUCGGCCUGGUAUCCCUUCACAUGGGGCGGGGAUCUGUCUGGAGCCAGCGACAAGCCUGAGUUUCAGGUUGGAUUGCAGAUGGAACGACAAUGGCUGGAUGCCCUGGCAUACUCCGAGAAGGAAGCCAUGCUCUGGGCUGGGUUUUGGGACGGAGAAAGCUCGGGACGAGCGACCAAGCAGGCACUCUUUCAGUUUGCAGAUCUAAUGGACAGGCAAACUGUGCAUCCAGGUACAGAGCUUGGUCAACUGGUCGAGAAGCAUGGCGGCUUGGGCCAGUGCAGCUAUCAACGUGCGCAUGAACGAGAGCUACUCCAAAAUUUCUGGACGUGGGCCAGCGCUUCCUUCGUACGGGGUAUGGUGCGGCAUGGGCAGGAGGGCAUUGUCGCCUUCGUCAACAAGGACAUCGAAGGACCUCGUUCUCUAAGCAAGUCCGUGCUUGCUCAGUGCGAAAUUCCCAGUGUCGGCCAGAUGAGUCUUUUCGCAAGGGAUUGGACGCCUCGUGUCGUCGUCGUGGACUUGAAAGGCACUUGCAACGUUACAAGCCCUUUCCUGCAAAGCCGCCUGGUGUCCCAAAGCAUGUUGGGUUUCCGUUCGAAGUCUUCUGUCGUCCGAACUAUUGGGGGCAUCCGAUGGUCAUGUGUAGAUUGCUCGGAAUCUGACGGUUGUACACUGGAUGCAUACCUGGCAGAGUUUCUUAAGGCGGAGCUUGCUGUUCAGAAAUGCACUGUAGCCGCAACCGAGAUUCAGAUUCGGAAAGCUGUGGGUCUUGGACCCCCGAUGACGGGCCUGAUGGAGCGGGCGGCCGCAGUGUGCAAACGAAACUGCCUACAGGGCGUCGGCGUCCCCGACGAUCUCCGCAUGGCGGCUCGUGACGUGCAGGCAGAGCCGCAGAGGGACUUCUACGAAACAUCGGAACAAGAGCCGUGGAAGUUGGUCAAUUUUCCAAGCCGACAAGGGGCGGCAGAUCAGGAGACGGCAGAGCUCGCGGCCUGGUUUCUCCCAGCCCAGGGCCCUGGCGUGGAGGAGUCGCCUCUGGUCGUCGUGGUCCACGGCUACGGAGCGAACGGAUAUGACCAGAGCGUCCAGCUGGUGGGUCAUCUCCUUCGUAGCCUGGGCAUCAGCGUCCUCGUGCUGAACCUCCGAAACCAUGGGCUCUCUUCGAACACCUCAACCAUGUACGAGACUUUCGGUUGGGCCUACCAUCUCGAUGUCUUGGGCGCCUGGGACUAUGCUGUGGCGGACCCCCAAGGGCAGCUCGGUCGAGCUCGUCCGCCAUCGCAGGUCGGCGUUCUAGGCUUCUCGAUGGGUGGCCUGGCCGUCGCGAAUGCGCUGGGGAUGGAACCCAGAAUUCCGGCUGCCUGGUUGGAUUCUGCCCUCUUCGACCCCAGAGAAGCGCUCCGAGGCGGCGUAGCCGAGGUCGCUGGCGAUGCGAUCGCUUCUUUGGGCUUAGAUCUGUCGUGGUGGUUCGUCCACCGCAUCACUGGCGUCAACGUGGAUCUCAGGCUGCCUGCCACAUCCCUGGCUCUGCGGCACCGUGCACGCCGACGCGUGGCUCUGGUGGCGAACAAAGCCGACACCACCGUGACCAUGUACCAUGCGGAGCACUACCUGAAGGCUUUCCAGCUGAACUCUGAGUCCUACCAACUCUCGAUGGAGUACCUGGUCGACUGCGAGUGCACUCCGGAGACGCACGUGAACAUACACGUCUGGCGCCCCGACUCCUACAGGCGAAGGCUCUGGUCCUUUUGGAAAGAGGUCUUUCAGAUAAACCAAAGCCUACCCACAGGCCUUGUGCACUUCCAGCAGUGUGCCACAGAAAAGUGUCCGGAAGCAGGAGCCGUGGACGCAUAG